CUUCCUAUUGAUGCAGCGAACCUUUCCUUUGGUUGUUGUUUAUGGUUUGCUGUCUGACUCACUUCUACUGUCACUCUAGGAAUUGGCCAAGUGAAACCACUUCCUAAAGUGUAGUAUAGCGGGUUUGGGUUUUAAUGUCAACCCGGGUCCUAGAUUUGAUGACUACUCGGUGAAUUCUUGUUAUCUAGCAAUGAAACUUUAAUGCAAAUCUAAACUAACAAACAAACAAAGCAAGUAAACGGUUGUUUUCAGGUUAAGAGAGGUCACCCGGAUAUGGUUCCCCCUAGACUGCAGUUAAGCCGGAUUGCAAUUACCAAGUUCAGUUUCUAUGAUAGUUAUACUGCGGAAGGUUCUUAAACAGCCUGAAGUCUCGACUAAAGGUCUUCAGACCCUCUCAAUCUGAGUCUCUAGUGAGCGACUAACCUCCACCGGAGUAAACAGAUCGAGGCCCUAACGAACAAAUCCUCCACUACCGAAGUAAAUUCGGUACAGAAUAGUGAGUUGGCUCCUCGACUAAAGUCACCAACUCCCUACCUUCAAUCAAGGAUGCUCUAUCAACCUAGGCAGAUAUUCUCAUUCUAGGUUAAAGCUGAAACAACAGGAAUUUGAUCAGGAUUCAUGCCAUUCAAUCAUUCAAACCUCAAUUGAAUAUAAUCAAAUCAUAGAAUCAGUACUUGGGUUCAUACAAUCAAACCUAACAUACAAAUCUAGGGUUCUCCAUACCUAGAUGAAUGGGAGAACUACUCCAUGGAGAAAGAAGCAAAAGCAGAAUCAGACGCGGAAUUCAUACUGUGAAGGAUGGAUUCCUGCUCUUGGACGUUGAUUGGCACUCCUCCAAGCUCAAGCCAAGCUCCAAUGGUGAUGAAGAUCAAGCUAGGGCACUUGGGAACUCUUGUUCGUCGCUUUCUCUCUCUAGGAAUCACUCUGUCUCUCCAAAACUCGAAUCCCCUUCUCUUUUGGCUGAAAUCUGCUUAAAAGGGCAUCAUUGGGCAAAACACGGUCGAGGGCACGGCCGUGUUUUGCUUCAACCCCGCCUGUGUUUUCAGCCAGUGUUUGCCAAACUCAAUUCAAGUCUCGGCAGUAAAAGCACGGCCUAGGAACACGGCCGUGUUGUGCUUUAGGUGUGCUCGUGUUUUGGCUCCAGCUUCACCGAAUGACUUCCGAAUGCCCCGAAACUCGUGCUUAGCCUUUCCUUUGACGCCUGGGACCUGAAAUAUGACAAAGUAGCACAACCCGGCGUAAAAUAGGCCAAAAAUACACGACUAUGCCCCUCAAACGGAUAAGGACUCUUCAUUCCUCCAUUUUUGGGGGCGUUAUUGGCACUCCUCCAAGCUCAAGCCAAGCUCCAAUGGUGAUGAAGAUCAAGCUAGGGCACUUGGGAACUCUUGUUCGUCGCUUUCUCUCUCUAGGAAUCGCUCUGUCUCUCCAAAACUCGAAUCCCCUUCUCUUUUGGCUGAAAUCUGCUUAAAAGGGCAUCACUGGGCAAAACACGGUCGAGGGCACGGCCGUGUUUUGCUUCAACCCCGCCCGUGUUUUCAGCCAGUGUUUGCCAAACUCAAUUCAAGUCUCGGCAGUAAAAGCACGGCCUAGGAACACGGCCGUGUUCUGCUUUAGGUGUGCCCGUGUUUUGGCUCCAGCUUCACCGAAUGACUUCCGAAUGCCCCGAAACUCGUGCUUAGCCUUUCCUUUGACGCCUGGGACCUGAAAUAUGACAAAAUAGCACAACCCAGCGUAAAAUAGGCCAAAAAUACAUGACUAUGCCCCUCAAACGGAUAAGAACUCUUCAUUCCUCCAUUUUUGGGGGCGUUCUUGAGAAGUCAGUCUACGUCUUCUUUUCGCCAAUCGCCUCUUUAUCUCGUCGGUAACUUCGUACUGCUGCGUAAAUCAUCAUCCAUCCAGUCGGCCGCACUGAAUUGAAGAGCUUCUCAUCUCUUAGUCGUCAUCUUCAAUCAGCUGUGGUUGGAUCCUCGAUUAGCUCUGUAAGUCAUUUGUCCUCCUCUAACUCUCAUGUCGCCUUAUCAUGAAAGAUCAGUAUGUACUAGUGUGUGGUUUCGUUGGGAAUUCUCCAUGUACAAAAGUGAGAUUUAUUUGGGUUUUCUUGAAAUGUUUGGGGUGCUUGGAUUGGAGAUAUGGUCAAAAUCUGUUGGGAGACACUACUAUUGUGUUAUUGUCUUCUGAUAUAGGAAUGUAAGGCUGCCAAUGACUUCCUAUUGAUACAGGCGAACCUUUCCUUGGUUGAAGGCGUGGUAGAGGACGGAGAGCUCCUCAAGAUCGGAGGAGAGUAAGGAGGAGGAAUUCUUGGUGGCAGGGGCAGAGAGAGGGGGACUGAGAAGUGAGGACGGUGAUCAACAUCGAUUCCAGGGAGGUGAAGGUUGAGUUGGCAAUGUUGGCAGAUGGCUAUUAGCAAUCCACUUGCUCAAUUGAAGAUCUGAGCGAACCCAGAAGCCAGAAUCGCAUGAAAAGGGAGAAAUCUCCUAAACGAGUUUGCUAUUGUUAAUUGAUUAAUUUGGUUGGUUUUUGUUGGAAUUUGGUAGUAUCUGAUUAAUUAACUUCAGUCCUCUUCAUUUCCAGCUUGCUGGACUUAAGUUGCUGGCUGCUACUAGGUUUAAUGAAUUCGAUUCAGCCUACUUGACUCUUCAUUCCUCCAUUUUUGGGGGCGUUCUUGAGAAGUCAGUCUACGUCUUCUUUUCGCCAAUCGCCUCUUUAUCUCGUCGGUAACUCCGUACUGCUGCGUAAAUCAUCAUCCAUCCAGUCGGUCGCACUGAAUCGAAGAGCUUCUCAUCUCUUAGUCGUCAUCUUCAAUCAGCUGUGGUUGGAUCCUUGAUUAGCUCAGUAAGUCAUUUGUCCUCCUCUGCCUCUCAUGUCGCCGUAUCAUGAAAGAUCAGUAUGUGCUAGUGUGUGGUUUCGUUGGGAAUUCUCCAUGUACAAAAGUGAGGUUUAUUUGGGUUUUCUUGAAAUGUUUGGGGUGCUUGGAUUGGAGAUAUGGUCAAAAUCUGUUGGGAGACACUACUAUUGUGUUAUGGUCUUCUGAUAUAGGAAUGUAAGGCUACCAAUGACUUCCUAUUGAUGCAGGCGAACCUUUCCUUUGGUUGUUGUUUAUGGUUUGCUGCCAUUUGUGUGAUUUUUCAACCAUGGUUGCUCUUUACUUGCUAGCUAGUUUUGACUAGAGCCGCCUGACCACUUCCUUUUUUUAGUCAUUUUCAGUUUUUUUUUCUUUACCUUCCACCUCUUCUGUAUUUGUUUGAGAAUAAAAUUUCUACUUCAUCAAAGUUCUGGGACUAGUGGUAAUAAAAUGGUGAUAUGCCAUAUGUGUUUUUCUAACAUUUUGAGAAGACCCAAUCGAGUUCUAUUCGAUUGAGAUGAUUGGGAGUGAGUUCAAAAACUUUGUUCCUUGUCUCUUAAUCACCACCGAACCAGAGGGGUCAUGUUUAUUUGUAAACAUUUUAAGCUUUUAUAUUAUUCUCACUUCUUGUUGGGAUUUUCUCUUUAUUUGUGCUCUGAACGCCUAGUCACGCCUAGGCAACGUUUAAUAGGGCUUGGCGCUAGUCAGGACCUCAACGUUCGCCUAGAGGCUUUCUUGAACCUUGUGCAUAAGUGAUUGACUUCUUCUCCUUUGUUACAACUUAUAAAAUCGAAUUCUCAUGCUCUAGGGGAGGAAUCGAGAUUCAUUGCUGGUACAAAGUCUUCAUUAUUUUCAUUUAUGUUUCGUGAAUUGACAUGUAUGCAGGUAUGAGCUAUACAAUGGUCUCUGAGUCUGAAUUCAGAGAAUGUUGCAAGGUUGUUGAUUCUAGUGUAAUAGAUGGUGUGGUAUUGUUGUGAUUUGGUUGUUGGAAUGUGGCUGAGUUGAGUUCAAGUGCCACAAUGACAUGCUGAUAUGCUGAUAUAGUUACUUAUGAUGUAUGAUAAUGCCAUUCUGAUAUGAUGAUGUUAUCCAUGAAUGGACAGCUUGUGAUGCAGUAGAGAGAAAAAGCAAAGAGUUUGAGGCAAAGAUAGAAAGCCAGGAGGAGUAGCUGAAAAGCCUGGCUGAGAAGAUACAGGUUCAGGAAGAAAAGAUACAUAGGCAAGAGGAGAAGUUUGAGACACAAAUAGAGGAGAUGCAGCAGCUGAAAGCCUCCCAGGAAAAGCUAUAGAGUCAGCUAUUGGUGAUUUCUCGCCAAGUAACCCGUAAAUGAUCUGGCAAGUCUAAGGUAACUAACCUGCCUCAGUUUCAAGAGCCAGAUAAAAAUGGAGGUUGUUGGUGUGCUGGUAUGUUAUUUAGUGUUAUGGUGAACAAAGAAGAAUGUUGGCAAACCUCUGAUAUUUUGUGUGAUGGUGAGCAAGUUAGAGAACAUUGAGAUGAUUCUACUGGUAUUUUGUGUGUGGUGAACAUGGAGUUAGAAUUCUUGGAAUGGUUGUAAUAUUUUGGAUAUUUGCUUACUACUAUGUUGGAAUGCUUAUCUAUUAAUGAAAUGCAGGUUUCAUU